GCUCCAGCUCGCGUACUUUUUCCACUGAAGCCAAAUUUCCUACCUACCACCACAGUUUGCCAAAUCGAGCUGUGAACAACGUAUUUAUGGUUUGCACUCUCGGAAACUAGAGUACAUGAAUACCUAAACUUCUUCUUUAAAUUUUCUUCUUUUAUUUUUUCUUGACUGUUCGUUGUGAAUCGACUGUCUGUUUACGUCUUAUAUUUUAAGAAUCAUUUCUCAUUUUACGCUUAGUUCUUUUGUCUUUUUAAAUUAGAGAACGACAGCAUAUUAAUUCCGAUUUUAUAUUAUGCCUUAAUUGUCUUUUUCUAGUUCUUAUUUUUUGGUUUGCUAUCGCUUUUUUCUUGAGACAACUAACUCUUCGCUUUUUUUCUUUUUUUCUUUUUUCUUUUUGAAUUUUUUGUCUAUAUUAUUUAACUUUAUAAAAUGAAGAAGAAUUUUAGAAAAGUCAAGCUCAAAUUACAAAAUCCUCUUCAGCUUGGUUCCAAUGACCAAAACCAUUCCAAGCCGAAUACUCCAGUUAGCCUAACAUUUUCGUCUUCGGCCUCUCCUUCUCCAUCUAGUUAUGGCUACACCUCCCCUGGUUUUCGUACAGACUCUUUUUCGGCGACAGGAAAUUCUGGAUUUGCUAACGACGACUUCGGGUCCCCUUCCCCUUCGCUGGAUAGCCCAAUGAAUUCCCCGCCGCUUCCAACGCCAUCUUCCGAUGAUCGUAGUCAAUAUGGUAAUUACUUUCAUUCAGUUUCAAAGACUGAAUCAACUAGUCCACACAAAGACUUGUUUCAGUCUGGGUCGGAAUCUUAUCCCCUCGAUGAUUUUGGUGUACCGAUGUUUUUAAGCGGGAAAUCUCAUGGAUAUCCAGUAUCUGCAUGUCCGCAGUCGUCGACCUCGAGUCAGCCUAAGAUUCGACCCUCUACUUUUAUGUCCAGCGCGUCUUCGUUUCCUCAGUACAACAUUGACACUUCUUCAUCAGUGAAUUCCUUGCCUUUAUCCAAUAAUUUAGUACUGCAAAAACACGAAGGAUUAGAUUUGUACGCUCAAUAUGAAAGAAUAUCUUUUUUGUUUUCUCAUAUUUUUUAUAGCUUGAAAUGCGGUGAAUUGGAUCAUGUACCAUACUGUGUGCAUUCUGUACAACGCGAGCUGUUUUCUUUAUUUGAUUCGACAGGAGUUUUUUAUUUUUUACUACAUAAUACCCCAAGAGGCUCGGAAACAGGAAGCUCAAUUUACGUCUUUUUUGAAAGACUGUUUCCGCAUCUUUCCCGUCUUGCUUUGUUGGCUGAUUUAAAAAGUGUGAACUUCGCAAGAGGAAUACUGAUUCCCAUGCUCAGUUCGUGUACUGAAAAGUUGUUCUAUAUAUUACAGUCAUUUAUGAUUACCUGUGCUAAUAACAGCUCUUAUCUACGGCUUUAUACAAAUUCAAUCGCUUUUGUUGAAGAUAUACCUACUGCCGAAAAUGGGCCUGGUAACGGAUUAGCCAACUCUGCAGAUGAUGCUCGAUUUCUCUCGAGCGCUUCUACUCUAAGUAGCUUGGAUACUUAUUUAUAUUUCCUUUUUCAAAUUUGCGUUGAGUCUAUGGAAAAGCUUAAGAGUGAAACCUCAAUUGUUGAUGAUAAUCUUAUUGAUGAUAUAUGUUAUCCUCUAAUUAGUCAGUGCAAGGAGGUUCUUACUUGUAUUGAGAAGUGGAAUCUAUCCACUUUAGUGGACUCUAGUAACGAUAAUUCAUUACAUCUUUUUCUUACCAGAAAACAGAUUUGCUUUGAUCUUAUCGUUGAGUUAACUUGUUUUUUUCAGGAGAUUGACCUUGGGAAUAUUGAUAAGCAAUCUAUUAUUAUGAGGAUAGCAAGUAUUGGUUUAAACUAUCAACAACUAUUUGAAACCAUAUUUUCCUUGGUCAAAGGUCAAGCGUUUGUUGAUUGCGAUAAUACCGACUUUUUGUGUAACAGUUUUAAAAACUCUUUCGCUGAUGAAUCAUAUGAACCCGAAACAUUGAGAUUGUCUUUAAAUAUGGAUAGCCCUUCAGAGAUUUCUAGAUCAUCUGGCUAUACUGCCGUUAGCAGCGGCAGCAGGGAAAGUUUUACUAUAUGGAGAUGGUCUCGACGACUUUCUACUCUUUUGGAUGACAUCUCGGAUGAGCCAUUAAUUAUCAACAAUAACAAACUGAGAGGCGGAACGCUCUCUGCGCUUGUUAAUUAUCUUGUAGCUAAUGUGCACAUGGAUAAGGAGUUUAGGCAUAUUUUUUUAUUAACUUACAGAAGUUUUGUUACAGCAAACGAGUUACUCUCUUUGCUAAUUAUGAAAUAUCACAGCUCAAUUCCUCCUGAUAUUACCGAAGAUAAACUAAGUAUUUGGAAAAAGAAGGACCUGAUAAAAAAGAAAAAUAUAUGUACAGUUAUGAAUUUGUGGGUGCAGAAAUACUUUGCAGAAGACUUAAACUCGAAACGAGUUUUAGUAUGCCUGUCUGAGUUGAGCGCGUUUGUACGUGAUUUUGUUAUUCCUUCAUUCCAUAUAGGAACGGUUAUCCUUGAGGAAAUUGAUAAUUUAUGGAAGGAACCGGAAGUUCCAGAACCGAUUAACCAGGUUGCUACUGUCAACGUUUUUGCUUAUUCACCGAAAGACUUUGCUAUUCAAGCCACUAUCAUCGAAUUCGACUGUUUCAAAAGUAUUCCUACUUCGGAAUGGAUAAAUAAGCGAUGGUUAGACCACAGAUCUUGCAGCGCUAUACGAGAUUCUAUCAAUUUUUCCAAUUGUUUCACUUUCUGGAUAAUAAAUUGUAUCCUUGAAAGAAAAAACGUCAAAGCUCGUGCCUUCGUAAUUUCUUAUUUUAUCCAAGUGGCUUAUGAAUGUUUAGCAAUUCAUAAUUUCUCAACUUUAAUAGCCAUUGUUUCAGCAUUAAAUUCUGCUCCGGUGUACCGUUUGCGGGCUGCGUACAAGCAGGUCUCUUUGGAUGAUACCAAUAAGUUAAAAGGUCUACAAGAAGUAGUCGAAAGCAAGAAGAAUUUCGUUGCUUACCGAACUCUGAUAAAACAGAUUGAACUCCCUUGUGUUCCGUUCUUGGGAGUCUUUCUAAGCGAUUUGACAUUUAUCGAUGAGGGAAACUCAGAAAUUAUUGAUGGCUUUCCUCACUUGAUAAACUUCAGCAAACGACAACGCAUAUGUAGUGUCGUUGAUGAAAUAUGUUCUUUCCAAUCCGUUUUCUAUAAUUAUGAUGAAAAUGAAAGAUUUACAAACACCAUUCGCCGACAUUGCCGACGUGUGAACCAGGAUUUAUCUGAUCUUUUUGAUAAGUCACUUUCAAUAGAACCGCGUGGUUCUUAGGACUUCCUUGUUCAAAUUUUGCUAGAUGUUACCAAAUGAUUUUGCUAAACCAAUAUAUAGAGUUUAAAUUGCUUAUGCUUGCUCCGUUUUCAGUUGUUGAAAAAUUAAUGAUUGCCGUCUUAUAUGGCAAUCUUCGUUUGUUCUUUCCUUUUCUUUUUUAUUUGGGAUUUACUUUGCUUACUAAAAAAUUCCUGUAAAUUCCGUUGUUUCUUGUUACGCCCUUUCCUUUCCUUUCCUUUCCUCCUUUUUUUUGCCAAUAGGUGCCUAUGUUCAGUCCUUACUAGUUUUGUUUAUUAAUUUCCUUUCUGGGUUUUGUUUAUGUAGAUAGUCGGGAAUAAAAAAAAAUGAAAACUAAUAAUACGAAAUACUGUUGAAGUUUCAAUCUCUGACAUUUUAUGAAUCCAACUUGUUG